AUGACAAUGGAGCUGCCUUUUAUUACCGUCGAUGUCUUCACGGAGACCCGGUUCCGUGGGAACCCCCUCGCAAUCAUCACCAUUCCCGCCUCCGGCCCGAAGCCCUCCCAGGAGCAAAAGCAGACCAUUGCCCGAGAGUUCAAUCUGUCCGAAACCGUCUUUGUCCACGACGUCGCGGACCCGGCGACCACGAAGCAACGCAACAUUGACAUAUUUUUGCCCUUUGCCGAGAUCCCCUUCGCCGGGCACCCAACCGUCGGCACUGCGGUUUCGCUGCUCGACCAGGGCGUAGACACGCUCGUCACCAAGGCCGGCCCCAUUCCCGUACGGCGCUUAGGCGACGGCGCCGUGGCGCAGGCCAGCAUCCCCCAUAACGUCCACUUACACGCCAAACACGUUCGCGACCUGUCCCUUCCGUCAGGUAGCCUUCAGGCCAACGCGCAGAUCCGCGAGCUUGAACUCGACGCCCCAGUCUUUAGCGUCGUCAAUGGCGUGAGCUUCGUGCUUGUUGAGCUGCCCUCGCUUGAGCUGCUUGGCCAGGUGCAACAGAGCAGCACCCAGCUGCCCAUCGACAAGCUUCUGGACGACGGAUGGCAGAAUGGGUUCAUGGGGCGUUAUUACUACGUGCGCACUGGGUCAGGUCUGGACCAGAACGCCCAGCCCGUCGUGUCCCUGCGCACGCGCAUGAUCACCCAUGAGUUCGAAGACCCUGCAACCGGCGCCGCUGCCUGCUGCCUGAGUUCUUAUCUCAGCGCAAUCGGAGACAAGCAAACCACCCCCACGCGCACGUACAACAUCACGCAAGGUGUCGAGAUGGGCAAGGAAAGCAAUAUCGUCGUUGAGGUGGAUGUGCAGGAUUCCAAGAUUGAGACAGUCAAACUGGCCGGCACAGCCGUCCAAGUCAUGAAGGGCACCCUCACUGUCUGA